AUUUUCAAUCAUCAUCUGAACUCUACGUUGGAACUUUGCCUAUACGUCAAGUCGGAGAUUCUAAUAUCAUAGUAUAUAAAAGAUGGCGGAACUGCCGGGAAGCACGCAUGACGAGAUCCUGAAGUGGAAAACCGAUAACCUGCUGCGGGGUGCUGAGGUGGUCCCGGAUAGUCGCCCCGGCUAUCAACCCGCUAACGACCCCACCAGACCCAGGCCGGUGCCGGUCAUGCCCGUUCCCUUCAGGCCGCCCAAACGGAGAUGGGAAAAUGUGCGCAAGAGAAUGACGACAGAAGGACCAGAGAACAGCAUGUGGCUGUUUUGGAAGAAAGCUGGCAAGGCAGAAGAAGGACCUGAUACAAUGACCCGUCAGGAGAAGGAACUGCACCAGGCCGCCAGAAAGAAUGACAUCAAACGGGUCCAGGCACUGCUGUCGUCAGGCGUCAACGUCAAUGCUAGGAAUCAGGUUGACAGAACUGCCCUUCACUGGGCAGCGGGAAAUGGAAACACGGAGAUUGUCAAGAUGCUUUCCAGCCAUGACGCUAACAUCGAUGGAGAGGACAAGUACGGGAUGACGGCGCUUUUGUGGGCAGCCUGGUUUGGCUACAGAAACACCGUUGGAGCACUGGUCUUCUCUGGAGCCAACGCAACAUGUGAAAACAAGCAAGGGCUAAACAUCCUCCACUGUGCAGCACAGAAUGGCCAUGUGGACGUUAUACAGUUUAUCCUGGAGGACCUGGAGAGUUUUGAUCUCAAUGGGAAGGAUAAGACUGGUAAGACUGCCUUCCACAUCGGGGCGGAGCAUGGUAAGCUGGAGCCGGUGGAGUACCUCAUCGGGGCGGGCUGUGACGUCAACGCCAGAUCCAAGGAUGGAAGCACAGCUGUCCACUACGCGUCCAAGAACGGCCACCCUGAGGUCCUGACCAAGAUCAUCCAGGCCGGGGCUGAGGUCAACGAGAGAGACACGGAUGGCAAGACGCCGCUCCAUCUGUCUGCAGAGGAGGGCUGGAUUGAUAUCGCUGAGAUACUGCUGGACAACAACGCAGACGUGAACGCAGAUGCCCACAAAUGUACGCCUGCGGCCCAUCCAGCAUUUGUGCCAGGCAAAAAGCCUGUUGAUGUGAAAAAAGAGGUCAGUCCCCUCCACAUGGCAGCCCAGAACGGCCAUCCGAGAGUCUCCAAAAUCCUCAUCGACUACGGAGCUGAUGUGGACUCCAUGAACCAUCAUCACAUGACACCCCUGCACCUGGCAGCCCAGUCCAACUGGUACGACGUCUGCAGGUUACUCAUCGAGUCUGGCUGUGACAUCAACGCUAUCAACGCCAGGACCCAGACUCCGAUCCAUCUGGCCUCGGAGAACGGACUCAAUGACGUCUGUGAGAUGCUGCUGAAGGCUGGAGCCAGAUUGGACAUCAAUGAUAAGCAAGGGAAGACCCCACUUGGAGUGGCGGCGAGGGGAGAGCACAUUGCCAUUGUGGACAUGAUGAUCAAGGCAGAGCGAUACAAUGAGAUGAGAAAGGGCCUCCCCGAGGACCAGGAGGAGUAUGAGGAGUUUUACGAGGACGAGCUAUUCGCCUACCUGGAUGAAGACGAGGACGGGUACUCAGAUGAGUACUCCGACUACGAAGACGACGACGAAUUCGAGGACGAACUGGUCGACGAACUGGACAAGGGGAGCAAGGCGGGGGGCGACCACCCGACGGUCGACGGGAAGGACAAGCUGAACACGCCAAACAGCCCCGACCGGAAGGAGAGCGAGACAGGAAGCAGCAGGGCGAGCGACACGAGCGGCUACCGGUCCGCCACGCGGCUGCGCAGGAGGUCGCACAACCUGGACGGGGAGGACUUUGACGAAGAGUCAGCUGAUCUCAAUGGCCAUGACCCCUACUCCAUCCCCAGCGAGGACUUCAAGGACGAAGAGGAGUUCAGCGAGGGGGAGGAGUUCUCGGGGACGUACGUCUCGGAGGACUCGGUCACCAUCAAGGCGCCGCAGAAGUCGCGGCUGAGGAAGGUGUCAUUCCGACAGGACAGGUCCUCAGAGACGCAGCACAUCCGCAACAUCUGCUUCAAACUCGCCACCAAGUACCUGAAGUCCAACGAGUGGAAGAGACUAGCCAGGAUUUGGAAGUUCAGUGAGGGACACAUCAAGGCUAUUGAGCAUCAGUACGCGGGAACCAACAGCUAUCGCGAGCAUGGCUACAGAAUGUUGUUGAUCUGGCUGCACGGUGAAUGCAUCGAAAACAACCCCAUCAAAGGUAUCUACGAAGCACUCCUGACGAUCGACAGGAGAAAACUUGCAGACGACAUCAGAAGAAAGGCGAAUGCGGAGGCCUCUCAGUCGCCGAGGAAGUGCGCCGUCUCCUGACCCACGUGACUCACCAGAUGCCUUUGUUAUCACCACGCAAGUGCAACCAGGGGCAACCUAGGGGCAACCUCUCGUUGGUUACACAGCUUGCCUGCCCCGCGAUGUGCUCAAGUCAUCACGAAAACGUCCCAAACUCCCGGGCG